CUGUGUCGCGGAUUGGAGGCCUCACUCCCACCUCUUCUUCUUCUCUGGCGUCGGAAAGCUCAUUCCUCUCCUUGAAUUCGUGGGGGUUUCGAUCCCAAGGGGGUGUUAAAUCAUUCCUGCGUUGUUCCGCAAAGUAGAAGAUUGCCCUUAGAUCGACCAUGACUUGUGUGCUUUUGCCCAUUUGCGAAAUAUAGAAGCUACCAAGCUCAGGACAAAGAUAGCAGCCAACAAUUAGAAAUCUGGAUACUUUUUAGUCACUGCUCAGCAUAAUGAAUGAGCACUACGUCUGGAAUUGAAUCCUCCUUGAACACUUAUCACAAAACUAUAAUGUCUGGGCUGUUAAAUUCGACACUUAAUGGUUCAUCAUCAAAUCUCACUGACUCAACUGGCCGACCCUACACCACAUCAUUUUCCAGCCAGUCUGCUACAAUCCCUGGAUUUCAUAACUCCAGUGGUCUUCAAGGGCUGCAUAACAUUCACGGAAGCUUCAACCUGCCAAACAUGCCGGGUUCACUUGUAUCAAGAAAUGCAGCAAUCAGUGGUGUUCCAUCAGGUGGUGUUCCACAACCAGGGGGAAGCAUUCCUAGCGGACGGUUUGCAUCCAACAAUCUUUUGGUUGCAUUGUCUCAGAUGUCUCAUGGCUCUGGUGUCACAAAUAGAGGGGGUAUCAAUGUUGUUGGAAAUCAUGCUUUUAGCAGUAACAUGAGUGGAGUUGGUGGGUCAAUAACUGGUCUCUCCUCAAGUUCUGCCACUGGCAAUCGUAGUGCGGUUCCUGGUUUGGGAGUUUCUCCAGUUUUGGGUAAUGUAGGCCCUAGACUUGCAAGCACCAUGGGAAACAUUGUUGGUGGUGGUAAUAUGGGAAGAAGCAUUAGCUCUGGAGGAUUAUCAGUUCCUGGACUAUCUUCACGUGUAAACUUGGGUGCUAAUAGUGGAUCAGGGAGCCUUAGUGUACAAGGAUCUAAUAGACUGAUCAGUGGCAUGCUUCAACAAGCAGCACCACAAAUGAUUGGUAUGCUUGGGAAUUCUUAUCCUAUAUCUGGAGGACCUCUAUCUCAAAUCCAAGGUGCGAAUAACCCCUUAAGCUCUAUGGGAAUGUUGAAUGAUGUCAAUGCUGCCGACAGUUCUCCUUUUGAUAUGAAUGAUUUUCCUCAAUUAAAUGCACGACCAAGUUCAGCUGGAGGCCCACAAGGACAAUUGGGUGCAACACGUAAACAAGGCGUUGGUGUUAGCUCCAUUGUCCAACAAAAUCAGGAAUUUAGCAUACAAAAUGAAGAUUUUCCAGCUUUACCAGGAUUAAAAGGCAGUAGCUCAGACUUUUCUGUGGAUUUGCAUCAGAAAGAACAACUCCAUGAAAAUAUUUCCACAAUGCAGCCACAACAUCUACCUCUGGCAAGAUCUGCUGGAUUUAGCUUAGGAGGAACUUACCCACCUACCCGACAGCAACAGCAGCAGCAUGCCACUGCAGCUAGUAGUGGUGGGCUUCCUUUUACACCUGGGAACAAUGUAGAUCUCCGGUUACAUGGUUCUGAUUUUUUUCCAUCCUCUCAUGGAAACUACCAUUCACAGAUUCAAAACAGUGGAGCCCCUAGCAUUGGCUUGAGACCCUUAAACUCUCCAAAUCCACUUUCUGGUCUGGGAGCGUAUGAGCAGCUCAUUCAGCAAUAUCAACAUCCACAAAGUCAAUCGCAAUUUCGACUGCAACAGAUAUCUGAUGUUAGUCAGUCAUAUAGGGAUCAGAGCAUAAAGUCUGUUCAGGGAUCACUGCUAGCUCCUGAUCGGUUUGGCUUGCAGGGUUUGUUGAGUGUUAUUAGGAUGAAUGAUCCAGAUCUAACAUCUCUUGCUUUGGGAAUUGAUUUAACUACGUUGGGUUUGAACUUAAACUCUUCGGAUAAUCUUCAUAAAACAUUUGGUUCUCCGUGGUCUGAUGAGCCUGCCAAGGGGGAGCCUGAAUUUUGCAUUCCGACUUGCUAUCAUGCCAAAUCAUCACCAAUUCUACAUCAAGGAUAUUUGUCAAAAUUACAGCUAUCAACCCUGUUUUACAUCUUUUAUAGUAUGCCAAAGGAUGAAGAUCAACUCUAUGCGGCCUCUGAACUAUAUGCGCGUGGAUGGUUCUACCACAAAGAGCAUCAGUUAUGGUUCGUGAGAGUUCCAAAUUUGGAGCCUCUUGUUAAGACACAUGCAUAUGAAAGAGGAUCAUACCACUGUUUCGAUCCAAACACAUGGGGAACAAUUCUAAAGGAGAACUUUGUUUUGCAUUACGAGGCAGUGGAGAAGAAACCAAUACUUCCUUCUGAUCCUUCUGAUCGCCCUUAGGAUUAACCUAAGAGUUUGGUCAUGUAAAACAUGCUUGUCACUGUUAGAAUAAAGCAAUCCAGUCUAUUCUUGAUUUUUCUCCAUUGCAGCAUUUAUCAGAGUGCCAAGUUGAGUAGUUUAUCCUUGCAGUCCCACAUUUUUUUUAUCAAGCGUCCUUCAAAGCUCAUUCAGACUUACUCCCCCGUGUAGAGUAGCAGGAGAAUUCAUGGGAUUUAACUCAUAGAUAGAGGACACGGUGGAUUCAUGAAUAUAUCAUGAAUUUUACUGACCUGUAUUACUAUGAAUAAUUGUUCACAGAAAGUUGAAGUAAUAUAUUCUCAGUAUCAUUGCAGCUUUUA